CUGAAUCCCAUCACUCCUGAUCGCAAACGCUCGACAAUCGGCCCAGCCGUCAAUACCUCACUCCCAUCCCGGGAGACCCUUCUCGCCCACCAUGUCGAGCGAUUCGGGCACAUCUCCGACCACCGACAGGCCGGGCUCCCCAACACCAACCACAACCACAGCGACCGGCGCGCUGACACCAUCGCGAACCUCGAGCGCCACGGCGAGCACCGCAAGUACCGAAAGCACCACAAGUACCGCACGCACUGCCAGCCCACGGCCGCAACCGACGAGGUCCCAGUCGAUAUCGGACCCCAACCUCCACGUCUGCUUCAUAUGUCUGCUCAACUCCAACGAGACACCCAGGGCAACCUGGGUGAACGCGUGCCCCUGUACGCUCGAAGCGCACGAGGACUGCAUGCUCAAGUGGGUGGCGCAAAUGGAGGCUUCGGGCGGCCCCGGCGGCGGCAGGCGCGGCUCCAGAAACAAGGGCGGCCUGCGCUGCCCAGCCUGCAAGGGCGCCAUCCAGGUGUUUGAGCCCUUUGACCCCAUGAUGUGGCUACGUGACCGCGCCCACCGCGCCUUCAGCCGCACCUCCCCCAUCAUUCUGCUCAGCAUGAUGGGCUCCUUUGCCGUGGCCGGCUCCGCGCACUACGGAAUCACGGCCAUGUCGCUGUUCGCCGGCGGCAACACAACCAUGGCCUGGCUGCGUGUGGGUGACAUGAGCAGAAGACCCCCGGGCCUCGUCUGGUGGAGGCAUGCCCCGACCUAUGCCUUCGUCAGCAGAGCUUGGUUGCUGCACCUGCUCAUGCCAGGUCUGUUACUUAACAAGGCCAUUCCUGGCAUCGACACAUACCUGCUCCUACCAGUUUCUCUUGCCUAUGGGUUCUCCUUGGCGGCGCGAGACCAGAUGCCCAUGUGGCCGCUCUCCCCCGAGUGGACCAUGACAGUGAUGCCGUGCAUCAGCUUGUCCUACUGUCACAUGUACUACGAGUUCUUUGGUCGCUUUGAGAGGCGCCUCAACCAAACUCUCCGUGGUAACCAAGUUCUGGACGAGACGGAGGUGAGACAGCCACCAGAGCAACAAGAACGACAGCAAGGUCGCCAGCAGCGAGCUGGCAAUCGGGGCGGAGCCAACAAUAACAACAACAACAACAACAACAACAAUAAUGAAAACAACAUCGGCAUCGGCACGGCAAUCUUCAGAUUGGCUGGCGCCUUCGUCAACAUAUUCCUUGAGGACGCUAUUGAUCUCGGAGAUGAUGACGAGGAGGAGGGAGAUGACGGGGAAGGCCUCCUCGAGGUCGAGGUUGGGGUGGAUGAGGACGGCAGGCUCCAAAUCGAAGUCCACGAUGAGGAGGGAGCUGUGGUGUUGGAAGGCGAUGCGGAAGCGCGUGCUGUCCUCGAGGAAGCCAUCCAAGCCGUGCAGGCGGACAUGAAUGUCGAGGUUACGGCUGAGCGUGGCCAGGAGCCUGCUGCUGCCGCUGCGGCCGCCGCUGCGGCCACGACGCCCCCUCAGCUGCAGGAAAUUGUGCCAGAAGCUCCAGUCGCUGCUGUAGCCGAGGCGCCCGCGGUGGAUGCUAUGCCGGCCGAUCCUCCUCCAGCCAUCGACGCGGGCCAGGAGAAUCGGGACCGGCCGCAGUGGCAGCGACAGGUCGGCGCCAGUAGCACGGGCGGCACCUGGUCCAGAAUCAUCAACGGCACCGUCUCGGCGCUGCUCCUGCCGCACAUAUCGUAUGUGAUGGGCGAGCUGCUGCGCGUGACACUGCCAUCGCGCUGGGUCCGGUCGCCGGCCUGGGGCAAGCCUAGGGGGCUGCUUCAGCACCGGUGGGGACGCAGCCUCAUGGGCGGCUGUCUAUUCGUCGUGUUACGGGACGCCUUCCUGCUCUACUUCAAGUAUCGGCAGGUUGAGCUCCGGAAAAACCGCCGCGUCAAGAAUGUCGAGCGACGGGUUGGCGGAAGAAGGGGUGCUUCCACCUCGGCUGCGUCGUGAGGAUUUCCAUGACGGCAACAUGAGACACCUUGCUGGAAGCUGUAUGGGCUGCAGGCGCUUGUAGAAACUGUUUAUCACAAGCUCAUCGCGUGUAUAACUCUUUUCUUUUUUUCGGCUUAAAAUUUUCUUCCUCACCGUUGGUUUGGCAAGGCGGGCGACAUGGGUGGGAUUCAGCGGACCUCAUAGAACAUGACGGGAUCCGUCAGGACUUGGGCAAAGAGUGCAUAUCAAGCAUUGUUGACUGUUUUAAGUGCACGCACCUCUUGUGAUCCCAAAAGUAUUGUACUGCAUACUGUAGACUCGCCAC